UCUACUUUGCGCUCAGAGCAUCAACAUUGCAAAAUUACAAUCAGUCCAAGGACACGAGUCCAAGGACACGAAGGACAGGAGGAGGUAAUGAUGAGCUAAUUUGAGUUUGCCCGACAGACACCAUGAGGUGCGAAUAUGGAGAAGAUGGGGUGCUUCACUAUGUCAUUGAGGGGCUUUCAUAUGGAGAUUUUGACAAGUGGGGCAAAGUUAGCAUAUGGAAGCUGUCCAAGUUAGUUGAAGGAGCUCGUGUCUCAAUGGGCUUGUACGACAAAGGUUUGCCGUCUCGGGAGCACAACCCGUCUGCGUUCUUCUUUCGUUCAAACUGGUUCAAGAUUUACCCAGCCUUCUACUCGGUAUUGAAGCGAGGUCGGUCCGUUAAAAUCAACCUCCAUGUCAGCCACAUUGGAAAGACCUCAUUGUGUACAGAUACGAACAUCGUAGAUGUCUUGACCAAUGAGCUUCUAGCUUCAUCCAGUACUCACUCAGUGAGGGUUUUAAAAAAGACACGCAGACCGACCGCGAUUACAUCUGAAGUACGAGAGCUCGUGACCGUUAUCCCAUGCCGGGAAAAGAGACCAGUGUCUGGUCCACAGUUUCCCAAGCGACCUAAUGUUUACUUCACACACAAGAGGACUGUUAUGUCUGGUGAUACGGACUUCAACCUGCACCUCAACCAGGCUGUAGUCAUACGCUAUUGUUUGGACUGUUGCACUAUGGCCGUUGAAGAUGGACUUUUGACUGGGUUUCCAGAAGGGACUAGUUUUGACGGGAAAGCAGAAGAGGUGUGGAUCCGCUAUAUUAACGAGGCAGAUGCUGGGCGGGAGGUUACAGUCAGCUGUUGGGCGGAUGGAAUUAUCAAACAUGUCAUUUUGGUUGAGGUCAAAUUAGAAGAUCUCUUAGUCGCCCAAUGUCAACUAAAAUUUUACCCGGGAGAACAAAAAUGCAUGGCUGCUUCAAAACUGUAAAUGACUAUUUUGAAUUUUUAUU